AUGGCCGCGGCCAGUGUGGAAGAGAUCAAACCGGGGAGGAGUAAUAAUGUUCUCAUAUCGAAUGCCAGUGAUGCACAGAGAGUAAGAGAAAUUUUAGAAGAGAACAAAAUAUUUGACAGCCGCCGAAGAUUAAAGAAAAUUUCAAAAGGAAGGAUUGCGAUACCAUUUAAAGACUUGGGGAACUUUGAAUCAGUUGCUGACGCUCUUUGUAAAACUGGUAUUAACAUUGAAAAGGGUUGUUUGGAGUUACCCUUGUCAAAAUGUGCUCUUGCACAAAUACCAUAUGAUUGUAUGGUUGCAUCGAUCCAUGACUUAUUGGGAAAAGAUGAUGUAAAUUUCCAAAAUUUGGUAAAGGAUAUACCAACCCAUUGGGAAAGACAUGGUGAUCUGAUAGUGUUUCCAGCAAACUCUUUCACACUUAAUACAUGGCAAGAUUUAGGACCUGGACUGUGGAAGGUUGUAGCUACAAGUCUUGGAUGCUCCAGACUAGCAAAAAAGGGAACCAUCAGUUCAAAUGGAUAUCGGUCACCACAAGUUAUGUUACUGCUUGGUGACAGUGGAUGGGUGGAACAUGUAGACAAUGGUAUCAGGUACACUUACGACCUGACCAAAUGUAUGUUCAGUGCAGGCAAUAUCACAGAGAAAUUGAGAGUUGCAGCUUUUAACUGUGCUGGAGAAACAGUUGUUGAUCUCUAUGCAGGCAUUGGCUAUUUCACAUUGCCUUAUUUGGUCCAUGCCAAGGCUGCACAUGUCCAUGCCUGUGAGUGGAACCCAGAUGCUAUUGAUGCCCUGAAGAAUACUCUUGUUCUGAACAAUGUAUCUGAUAGAUGUACCAUUUAUCAAGGAGAUAACAGAAAGACCUGUCCACAGGACAUUGCUGACAGAGUUAACCUGGGAUUGAUACCUUCCUCUGAGGAGGGAUGGCCUGUGGCCUGUAGGGCUCUAAAGUCUUCUGGAGGCUUUCUUCAUAUCCAUAGUAAUGUCACGUCCAAGCAUGCCCAUAAUGCUGAUUACAGUGUUAGUUUUGAAGAUACCGGAGAUAAAUCUGAAUCUUCAGUAUGUAUGAAAGGUGGAACUGCAGUUAAUGUCAAUUUGAUAAACAAUGGUUAUGCUUCUGAUGGUAGCAAUCUGUUCAGUGAAAGAACUAGGAAAGACCAAGACACUUUAGGAGAAUCUACUAUGGUAGGUACUGAUGAAAGUCAUCCAUCUGUGGAAAAAACAUGCAAGAAUAAAUAUGGACAACAUUCUACCUCUGACGUUAGAAGGAAAGACUGGCUUAGCUGGGCUGAGAAUGUAGCCAGUAAAAUAUCAGAGUUGUGCACUGUGAUACACAAAAAUCAUAUUUUAUGGACAGCCAAAAUUAUUCACAUUGAGCAUGUCAAAUCCUAUGCUCCACACAUUGACCAUCUAGUGCUUGAUCUAGAUUGUCGACCAUGUACAAAUGAUUAA